UAGUGUCUCUGUUCUCGCCAGAGAAGUUCGGAAGCAAUAUUUACAAGUUUUUAUCGACUGCGGAGUCGUGUGAGGACUCCUUCGGUAAUAAGGAUGUAAGUAGAGACACGCGGAUGUAGCUUGGUCCGCCUAUGGCUUUUGUUCUAGUUCAAUUUACGCGAGAGACUCGACGUUUUCGACCAACAUGGAAACAAAAAGACUAGAGAUACCUUCUGGGAUACUGGACGACCUCUGCAGUCGAUUCAUCCUACACAUUCCUAGUGAGGAAAGGGAUAAUGCCAUCCGGGUGUGCUUCCAGAUUGAGUUAGCUCACUGGUUUUACCUGGACUUCUGCAUCCCGACCACACCUGCCGCUCCACACUGUGGAAUCAGAGACUUUGCAAGAGCUGUUUUCCAACACUGUCCAUUCCUGUUGCCCCAUGGAGAGGAUGUCCAGAAAGUCCUCGAGAAGUGGAAGGAGUACAAGAUGGGUGUGCCUACAUAUGGAGCUAUCAUUCUUGAUGAGUCAUUAGAAAGUGUAUUGCUUGUUCAGGGCUACCUUGCCAAAUCAGGCUGGGGCUUUCCCAAAGGGAAAGUGAAUGAGGAUGAAGCACCUCAUGAUUGUGCAGUCCGUGAAGUCUUCGAGGAAACGGGAUUUGACAUAAAGAACCGCAUUAGCAAAGAUAUGUACAUAGAGCAGAAAAUCACCGACCAGGUUGUGAGGCUCUAUAUCAUUCCAGGAGUAUCCAAGGAUACAAAGUUUAAUCCCAAAACAAGAAAGGAAAUCAAGAAUAUUGAGUGGUUCCCGAUCGAGAAGCUGCCAUGUCACAGGAACGACAUGACCCCAAAGUCUAAACUUGGACUUGCCCCCAAUAGGUUUUUUAUGGCAAUUCCAUUUAUAAGGCCGCUAAGAGAAUGGAUCAGCAGGGUAAAAGGCGAGCCUUCGGAUAGUGAUGAAGACUUUGCAAGCAAUGGCACCACUCCAAGCAAAACCCCAGACAAUGCAAGGUCGAAAUCCAGGCGCCUCACUGGUAUAGAACUAUUUCUUGGAGAUGGUUAUACCAAACACAAGUGGCCGAAGGAGCUGAGCCAGUUUGAACAUAACCAGAGCCAUCACAUAAAAAGCAAUGGGAAGAAAUGCCAAGAGUCGCCUUACCUAAAGAAAGGAACCAAUGAAAAUGGUUUCAGCAGUCAGCAGAUCAAAAUAUUAUCAAAGGAAGAUAAACGGCUUCAACCCAGGAGACUACAAGAUAGAUUUGAGAAAGAUGGAACUCCAUGCAGCUCUUUUAAUGGUCAACAGACUGCCCAUCAAAAAGAUUUUGAGCGCACCUUCUCAUCAAAAACCUUCCUCACAUUUAAAUUCGACAAGGAUGCCAUUAUGAGGUGUUUUGACUUCUGACCUCUCCUGUGAUCUGAUUCAACUUCGCCCGAUCAGAAGUUAUUUAACAUGGUGUACCAGAGGAGGGUUGAAAGAACACGCCAUUUAUUUGUUUGUCAGUUUGACAUGGCAACGUAUGAAGUGAAAGGAGUGCUUCAGUGGACUUGACAUUUCCGAGAACAAGUAUGGCUUGCCCGGAAAUUAUUCUUCAUGUUUUUGUUUUAAAUACUGUUGAAUACUAACAUAAAAUAAAUGGGUAUUAAGAUUGUUUUCGGCGUUACGAGAAUGUAAUGGAUUUUAGUGAAACAAAGUUCCGUUUGUUCGCAGUUUUUUCAAACCUGUAUGGUGGCGUACAGAAGUUCGUGGUUACAAUUAUUUAAAUAAAUGAACAAGAAUGGAAUUUGAAAAACUUUUUUAAAGUUAGAGUGAAUGGAUCUGUGUUCUAAGUAGGUCAUCCAUUCUUUAACUUAAGAGUAAUGUUUGCUGAUUUCCAAAACAAGUUAUUUUAUUGACAUUCUACAUCAUAGUUGUCUAUGUUGCCGCAUCCCCAGAUAUAUAUAUAUAUUGGUAAUUGUAACCACUGAGCUCCACUUCAUCAUUUGACUGAAAUGUGUAGCACCGUUUACUUGUCUGAUUGAAUUGCUACAGUACAAUAAACCCCUAGAUUCAUUGAUUUCCCCAAAGUUUUAUCACUUGUAUUAAAGCCACAAUGAAUUUCUUGCUUUUAUAUUGAAAAGUCAUCAGUUCUUUUAAUUGUUAUAUUUGUUAUGUUCUCUUACGGGAGUUGUAAAUUGAUGUGAAAUGACUGCAUUUAUAUCUCAGAGAUGUUACGACGUUUGUACUGUGGUUAUUAUUGUACAGUUGAUGUGCUUCAUGAAGUUGUUUGACCUCACAAAUGUAAAUUAGAAAUAAAGUCAA